CCCUGACAACAAUUGUUUGUUGCAUUGAAGUACCGAGUAUCUGGCAGCUCCACGUGUCGGCUUGGCAGCGAUACAGGCUGCGAUGACGAAUCAUCCGACGGAGGGCGGAAUAGCUCCGUACCCCGCAUGAUGUGAUGCAUCUCUGUCAUCAUCCCCCAUCAAUCCUCUACAACAUUCAUCUCCUCUACAAUUAUCAUCCUCUAACCACACAAUGACCACCCAAAUCCACAAACCCGGCACCGCCGACAGCUGGCACGGCACCAUCCCCAGCAGUACCUUCCCCGCCGCCCCAAACCGCUACCACCUAUACAUCGGACUCUUCUGCCCCUUCGCCCACCGCGUCAACUUCAUCCGCCACCUCUACAACCUGACCAAGAUAAUCCCACUCAGCAUCGUCCGACCCUACCCAAAGGGCGAUCUGAAAGGCUGGCCGGGAUGGAAAUUCCCCGCCACGGACGACGAGUACCCGGGUGCGACGGUAGAUCAUCUCUACGGGGAGGACUACCUCCAUAAGGUGUAUUUCCGGGCGGAUCCGGAAUAUAAAGGCCGGUAUUCGGUGCCGUUGUUGUGGGAUAAGGUUGCCGGGACGGCCGUUUGUAAUGAAAGCCUGCAACUACUCAGAUGGCUCCCCCACGCCUUCAAAGAGCACAUCCCCACCUCGUCAGCUGAUAUCGAUCUGUACCCCGCCCAUCUGCGCGACAAAAUCGACGCCAUCAGUCCCUGGAUGCAAUCGGACGUGAACUCGGGCGUCUACCGCGCCGGCUUCGCCGAAACACAAGAGGAAUAUGACGAGAAGGUAGUCCGGGUCUUCGGGGCCUUAAAUAAACUGGAACGCAUUGUGGCCGCUCACGGCGGCCCGUUUAUCCUCGGCAAAGAGAUGACGGAGUUGGACGUGAUGUUGUACGCCACGUUGAUUCGGUUCGACGUGGUGUACGUGCAGCACUUCAAAUGCAACCUCGGCACGAUCAGACACGAUUACCCGGUGCUGCAUAAUUGGUUGAAGGGGAUGUAUUGGGAUGUGGAGGCCGCACGGGCGAGUACGGAUUUUAAGCAUAUCAAGGAGAAUUACACGAAGAGUCAUUGGCAGGUGAAUCCCACGGCGAUUACCCCGUUAGGUCCGUUCCCCGAUAUCGAGGAGGGAGUGGAAAGGGAUUGGAGUAAGUUGACGGUCGGGGGGGUCAAGCACCCGGUGGUGUUGGAGCAUGAGGCUGGGAUUCCGGAUGUAUAGCGACAUGCCUAGGAGAAUUGCACAACUUAUUGCAGUCACAUGCAAAUCGGAAAGGCGAGACAGGGCAUCGGAGACUGGCCCGGAGCAGCACGAAGAUCAGCAGGAUCUGCAUGGUGUCGUCUGAACUUAAUUGACAUAACCAGCUCGAG